AAGACAUUUACCAAAGAUAUAAAAAUGAAUAAAUCCUGCUAAACCACUGUUCGCUCUUCCGCCUCUUCGCUGCACUCCUCGACGGCGCCACACGGCAACAGCCACAUCACUACUCCUCAGCACCGCCACAAGCCACAGCGCCGUCACUACGACAGGACCAAACGUCCGCUUCUUCGUCGCGGCGACUGCGGCGACCAGACUAGACCAGGCGUAGUGGAGGCAGAGCAGACUGCAGACGUCGACGGAAUCAGCGCUGCAGAAGUCAGACGUCCAGACCUCAUCAGUGUCAAAGACCUCUAAUUGGCUGUGUCUUCUUUCUCUGUAAUCCCAUUUGCUUUUCAUCUGCCACUGCUGCCACCUCCACCAGCUCUUCUGCCUAUGGAUUUUGAUUCAAUUUAUGAUACUGCCCGCGUGGCUGAAUUUAUCUGCCUUAAAGGCUUCAGAAGAGUAGCUCUCCAGUUCCCUGAUGAGCUAUUGAAGCAUUCAACAAAAAUAGUAGCAGCUCUGCAAAAGAGGAUUCGAGCUCUUGGAGAGUUAAACAUAGACACGAAGGAAGUCAAAUUGUAUGUAAUGGCUGAUACAACUUAUGGCAAUUGUUGCGUUGACGAGGUUGGAGCAGCUCAUGCAAAUGCAGACUGUGUUAUCCAUUACGGUCACACAUGCCUUAGUCCGACGUCAACACUUCCUGCAUUCUUUGUUUUUGGAAAAGCUUCAAUUAAUGUUCCAAGUUGUGUAGAGAAACUAUGUGGUCACGCAUUGAAGAAUGAAAAGCCAGUUUUGGUUCUUUAUGGACUUGAAUAUGCACAUGCGAUACCAGAAAUCAAAGAAGUGGCAAUCAAAGAAUCAUCAAGAUUGAAUAGCCCCUCAUCUAAAUUGGAAUUUUGUUAUGCUGAUGUUAUAAAUUCUGUUACUAGUCCAUCAGAAGAUUUUAGAUAUGUGAAUGGGAAGGAAGAAGCUGGUGACUGUGGAACUGGUAAUGAAAGCCGUUCUAAGGAAAUGGAUGCAACAUAUGCUAUAGGAGGGUUGUCUUGGAGCUUAACCAAGGGACAUAAAAUGGAAGAUUAUUUGAUUUUCUAUAUUGGUUCAGAAAAUUCAGCUUUUGCAAAUGUGUUAUUGACAUUCAACAGUUGUGAAUUAGUCAGAUAUGAUGCAACUAAAGAUUGGUUGGUAAAUGACUUCUCUUCUCAGAACAUGAUACUUAAGCGUAGGUAUUUUCUAGUUGAAAAAGCAAAGGAUGCUAGCAUAGUUGGGAUCUUGGUGGGAACUCUUGGAGUUGCUGGUUAUCUCCACAUGAUUCAUCAAAUGAAAGAGUUGAUCACAAAGGCUGGAAAGAAAGCUUAUACGUUUGUUAUGGGUAGACCAAAUCCUGCCAAACUUGCCAACUUUCCUGAGUGUGAUGUUUUCAUUUAUGUUUCUUGCGCACAAACAGCUCUAUUGGAUAGUAAAGAGUUCUUAGCUCCCAUUAUCACUCCCUUCGAAGCGAUGCUUGCUUUCAACAGAGGAAGUCAAUGGACAGGAGCAUAUAUGACUGAGUUUCGCGAUUUGCUUGGUUCUAUUCCGGUGGAAGUAAACGAGCAAUCAGAGGAAGCACGAUUUUCUUUCCUUCACGGUGGAUAUGUGGAAGAUUUUGAUCAGAAAGAGGUGGAUGAAGUGGAGGAUGGAGUUUCUGCAUUGGUGAGUAUUACAGAGAAGGCGCUACAAGUUCGUGACAAUGAGACUCGUUCAGUGAUGACGGGAAUAACAAAAUCGGGGGCAGAUUUUUUCGCAGCUCGGUCUUUCCAUGGUCUUGACAUUCAUUGUGAGAGUAACAUCUCUGAACCAUUUUUGAUAGGUAGGAGUGGGAAGGCUUCAGGGUAUACAGAUGAUCUGACCAGGCAGUAGAGUAACAUGUCAUGUCUUGCUAUAGAAAAUACCCAAUACAACUCAAGAUGUCAAAUUUUGUAUAAUUAUAUGUUUCACUAUAGGCUUGAUGUCACUAUAUUAUGUCAACUUUUUAUCUCUUGUAGAAAAGAUUUUUAUAACUAUGAUGGUUUAUUGCCGCUGUUGCAUUAGCAAAAAUGUUAAAAGUGGGUCUAUUUGACCUUGUCUUUGUUGAUAUAAAACCUCACAAUGCUUUUGCACCUUA